CCAGGCCGUCGCCAUGAUGACCGUCAAGGCCUUCACCUUGGUGUCCGCCGUGGAGCGGGAGCUGCUGGCGGGAGACCGAGAGCGCGUCCACAUCGAGUGCGUGGAGUGCUGUGGCCGGGACCUCUACGUGGGCACCAACGACUGCUUCGUCUACCACUUCCGCUUGGAGGAGAAGACGUUGCCCGCGGGCACGGCCACCUUCACUGCCACCAAACAGCUGCACAGACAUCUGGGUUUCAAGAAGCCCGUCAGCGAGCUGCGGGCGGCCUCGGCCCUCAACAGGCUGCUGGUACUGUGUGACAGCUCCAUCUCGCUGGUCAACAUGCUGAGCCUGGAGCCCGUGCCCUCAGGGGCCCGCAUCAAGGGGGCCGCCACCUUCGCCUUGAACGAGAACCCCGUGAGCGGGGACCCGUUCUGCGUGGAAGUCUGCAUCAUCUCUGUGAAGCGCAGAACCAUCCAGAUGUUUCUGGUGUACGAGGACCGGGUGCAGAUCGUCAAGGAGGUGUCGACCCCGGAGCAGCCGCUGGCGGUGGCAGUGGACGGCCACUUCUUGUGCCUGGCCCUGACCACGCAGUACAUGAUCCUGAACUACAGCACGGGCGUCUCCCAGGACCUGUUCCCCUUCUGCAGCGAGGAGAAGCGGCCGAUCGUCAAGAGGAUAGGGAGACAGGAGUUUCUGCUGGCGGGCCCCGGAGGGCUGGGCAUGUUUGCCACCGUGGCGGGGAUCUCCCAGCGGGCCCCGGUACACUGGUCGGAGAACGUGAUCGGGGCCGCCGUCUGCUUCCCAUACGUCGUGGCGCUCGACGACGAGUUCAUCACGGUGCACAGCAUGCUGGACCAGCAGCAGAAGCAGACCCUGCCCUUCAAGGAAGGCCACAUCCUGCAGGACUUCGAAGGAAGAGUGAUUGUCGCUACGAGUAAAGGCGUUUACUUCUUGGUCCCGCUCCCUCUGGAGAAGCAAAUCCAGGAUCUGCUCGCGAGCCGCAGGGUGGAAGAGGCAUUGGUUUUAGCAAAAGGAGCCCGGAGGAACAUUCCGAAGGAAAAAUUUCAGGUGAUGUACAGAAGGAUCCUGCAGCAGGCGGGCUUCAUACAGUUUGCACAACUUCAGUUUCUGGAAGCUAAAGAGCUCUUCAGAAGCGGCCAGCUCGACGUACUAUGCGCUGGGACUGCUCUAUCGGUACAACCACCAGGAUGCGGCCGCAGUGCAGCUGUGGGUGGACAUCGUGAACGGGGACGUGCAGGACGCCACGCGCUCCGACCUGUACGAGUACGUCGUCGACUUCCUCACCUACUGCUCGGACCCGGCGCUGGUGUGGACCCAUGCUGACUGGGCCUUGCAGAAAAGUGAGGAGGUUGGAGUUCAAGUUUUCACCAAGAGACCUUUGGAUGAACAGCAGAAGAAUCGUUUUAAUCCAGACGAUAUCAUAAAUUGCCUUAAAAAAUACCCUAAAGCCCUUGUAAAAUACCUGGAACAUCUAGUUGUAGACAGGAAACUUCAGAAGGAGGAGUACCACACGCACCUGGCUGUCCUCUACCUGGAAGAGGUGCUGCAGCAGAGGCCCCCAGCCAGCACCAAGGCUGCCGGCCUCUCCGUCUCCGAGACGCAGGCCAAGCUACGGCGGCUGCUCCAGAAAUCCGACCUGUACCGCGUCCACUUCCUGUUAGACAGGGUGCAGGGCACCGGCCUGCCCAUGGAGCGCGCCAUCCUGCACGGCAAGCUGGGAGAGCACGAGAAGGCCCUGAGCAUCCUGGUGCACGAACUGGCGGACCCGGCGGCCGCCGAGGACUACUGCCUCUGGGGCUCCGAGGGCCCCGACCUGCCCUGGCUGCAGCUGCUGCCGGGCAGCUGGUCCGUGCAGCUCCUCCGCCCGUUCCUCGCUGGAGCCAUGAGGGGCAGCCUUCACGCUCGGAGGACCGCGCAGGUGGCUGUCGGUCUGGCCAGGGCCGAAAACUUAAUCUACACGUGCGAGAAGAUGAAGUUGAAAGGAAACGCCGUUCGGCUCUCAGACAAAAAACUUUGCCAGAUGUGCCAAAACCCCUUCGGCGAGCCCGUGUUUGUUAGAUACCCGAACGGUGGACUCGUGCACACCCACUGUGCCGCCAGCAGACACACGGACCCCCGCUCACCUGGCCCUGGCACGCGGACUUGAAAAGCUCGUCCCGAGGGCACCAGGGAGCUCCCCGCUCUUCACUGAGCCUGCCGCCUGCACAGAGCAGACAGCGUCGCGCCGUGGCAGCCGGGACCAAGGGAAGGUGCCUGGGGGCCGGGAGACCUCCGGCCCGUGGAACAGACUCCUCCCUGCUGACUGCUCAGUGUGAAUGUCCUGGAAAGUCCCCUCGAGACCUGCAAGCGUUCCCUUGUCCGGGUGCACAGUGAUCCAAGGCAAAGUUGUACCUUGGAAGACAGGUGUGUCUUCCCUGGGCAGUCCAGACUCUGGUGGGCACCCCCACCACCCUGCGCCCCUUCUUCAGACAAGCACUUGCACUGGAUACUAGUGGCUUUGGUGGGGCUCAGAGCUGCAGUCCCCUCUUGGCCACGCACGUGGCCCAGUGCAGGGCCCAUGGUGGGCAGCGGUCUCCACACAUAGGCCUCAGCCGCUGGCAGCUCCGUCCCCACACUGGCCUCCUGGACCCCAUGGGUGCCCUUAGCAGACCUGAGGGAGAGAGUUUCAUUUCUUCUUACCUCCCACCCAGCACUCAACCCCUAAAGAUGCUGCUUGUUGACCCAAGCACUCCCUUUUGGGGCUGGGUAAGUUCAGAUGCUUCCGGCUGCCUCGCGAGUACAGUUCCAUUUAGUGACGGUGUUGAGGCUCCCGGAGAGAAGCUGCUCUCCCUGUUGUGACGAGAUCUGGGGGGGGGGUGCCCAGGCGUGACCUGACGCUAUGGCGUCACCUGCUGAUUGGAAACGCCGCGGUGAACAUGUUUGCAUCAUAUUUGUAUUUGAAUUUGUAUCCUCUUCAUAGUUUUUCCUCUGGUUCAGAAAUCCACCUGUCUUACUCAUUCGGGAUGUCUGUGCUCGUUUAACUGUACCUCCUGUGGAAUCCUCGGGGAAUUAAAAGGGAAAUGUGAGCGCAGUCGGAGUGUUCUUUCCAGGAGAGGCCAGUCUCGACCUCGAGCGCAGCAGGGCCGGUGGUGUGUGCAGCUGCCCUGGCGUGGGACGGAGGCGGGCGGUCUUUCCGCAGGUGCUUGUGCACACCCUAGAGGGGUCCAGGCAGGCACCUAAUCUCCCAGCACUUUACACGCCUGCCUUGAGGGUUCCUGAACACAGAAAGAAAGGCCUCUCGUUCAUCACAGACUCAGGGACUCCCUGGGUGUUUCUGGGUAAUAUCGCUGACAGGCAGAAGCUGUUACUUCACUGCCCUCUUGAAUUUCUGCAUCGCGCUCAUUGAUUCUAUUAGAACUAAGAACAAAGCCCCUAUUACGCUGGGAAACAAGCAUUGGCUUGUGUGGGUGACAGGAGAGGACCCUGAGUACUCCCCCUCUUCAUCAGCCCCAGCCUCCUGGACGUGAGGGAAGAGCUUGCUCUCUACACUGUUUCCGGUACUCAUAAUGGCCAGCGAGUCUUUUCCCUUCUGCGAUUCUAAGUGAACCGAGAGACGAAAGCAUCCGUGCAUUGUCUGAGGGAAAUGGCACCGUUUUUGCCUGACUACGUAUUUGAUGAUCUAAAAUAAGUGCUGAAGAAUCUCUCCUAGGAGCUGAACGGUGUGCUGUGGACAUCGGGAUGAACUCAGCCCAGUCAGGAGCUCUGCCCUGUGGGUGGCUGCCACACACUGGUCACAUUAUUGCGUAUAUUUCUAUUAAGGCUUGCGAGAGGGACGUCGUGUCUCUCCGAGGGCAAGUCACCGGUAUAUGCAACACUGCACUUCCAAAAGCUCUGUUUCUCUGUACCCAAUGGGCACCAUCUCUAAAGAGCCUUUUGGUUGCUCAUCCCUAACUUUGGGACACUAAUCUCUUUUGUCCUCUGAACAUUGAUCAAUAUUUUGAGCUGUGCGUCACCUGUUAGGUGGCAGUUGAGCAGUUUCCUGUCUGCACCAAGUGCUUCGACACACGCAGUAUUCUCUGACAACGUGCAGGUGGCCCCAGGUGUUAAAACCGUACCCUUCUCUAAUGCUUCUCUCCCUCCUACAAGGCCCUUUCCUCCGUUCAUAUCUUCAAGGGAAAUACACGCUUCUUUCUAACAGGCCUGCUGUCGUGUGGCCGUGCGGUUGAGUAGAGCAAUUAGAACCGUCACUCGGCCCCUUCUCCCCUCGUUAGAUUCAGUGUAACCAUUCUCAUUAAAGCCGCAUGGAGCGAGCCAGCUUACGUUCAGAUUCUAUGGGCAAUAUUAUUUCAUUUGACGGAGUGUUGACCUGGCGUGGCCUGUCCCGUGUUGAUGUAGGAGCGUCACGUAGGCCGUGGUGCACUGGGCCGGAGCCCAGAGCUCGGACGGUCCUCCAGUGAACUGCAGAACACGAGGCGAGGUGGCUGCGGGGUCGUGCCGUCAGCUGGGGUGCCAUUGCACAGCGAGGCCGCCCUGGCUUUCUGCUUGUUCUUCUAUAGAAAACUUCAUCCUUCACCCCUGAUUGGGUCCCUGAUACACAAGAUGUAAAAAUGUAAACUUGUUGAUUUUAUUAAAAUUCUUUUAAUUCUUUGUU